AUGGCUCGACUCGUCAAGGACGAAUACAUCGAGGAAGUUGUUGAUCGCCCGACGCCACCACAGCCGCUUAGAGAUAUUACAAGCUUCAGUGACAUUCUCCUAAGCGAUGUCAACGUCUCCAAGGCUGUAAUCAACGCCUUGAAACAGUUCAUGGACAUGGAGACUAUCAUGAAUAUGCAGCCCAAUGACCUCUAUCGGCUCGCUGGCCUUGAUUGUGACGUCAAUCACGGCGAUACAAGAGCGAUUGAGAGGAUCCGCGCCAUUGAUUCUGCAAUCGACGCUGAGUUGGAUAAGCCAGCGUGA